UGACCGCCCCUCCAGUUCCAGGGAGCCCAAGUGAGUGGCACAUCAGCAUGGCUGCGCUGCUCUGUGCCCUCUGCCUGGUCCUGGCUACCAGUCUCGUGCCCUGCAGGGCAGGCCACUCGGCUCGUGCCCUGCAGGAAGGGAUGCUCUACCCCCGGGAAUCGCCCUCCAGGGAGCUGAAGGAGCUCAGCGGCAUCUGGAGCUUCAGGGCAGACUGGUCCCAGCAAAGGGACGCGGGCUUUGCUGAGCAGUGGUACAAGCAGCCACUCCGCCAGUCCGGGCCGGUGAUGGACAUGCCGGUCCCCGCCAGCUUCAAUGAGAUCACACAAGAUCCGCGUUUGCGAGGUUACGUGGGCUGGGUUUGGUACGAGAAGGAGGUGUUGCCGCCCGGCCGCUGGCUCCGGAAAGAGGACGGGACUCGUGUCGUGCUCCGCAUGGGCAGCGUGCACUAUUAUGCCAUCGUGUGGGUCAACGGAGUGCAGGUGACGGAGCACGAGGGCGGACACCUCCCCUUCGAAGCGGAGAUCAGCCGCCUCCUCCAAGACGCCCCAGGCAAACCCUGCCGCAUCACCAUCGUGGUCAAUAACACCCUGUCACCCCACACGCUGCCUCCGGGGACCAUUCAGUAUAUGGACGACGACUCCAUGUAUCCGAAGGGCUACUUUGUCCAAAACACGAGGUUUGACUUCUUCAACUACGCCGGGAUCCACCGCCCCGUCCUGCUCUACACGACCCCGCCGGCUUACAUCGAUGACAUCACGGUGACCACGGGCGUGGACGGAAACGUCGGUUUGAUCCGGUAUCUGGUCUCGAUCCGUGGAAGCGCUCACUACUCUCUGAACCUGACCCUGCACGACGCAGACGGCGUGACGGUGGCGACGGGAGACGGGCCGGACGGCCAACUAAAAGUCCCGAAUCCCAUUCUUUGGUGGCCGUACCUGAUGCACGAACGGCCCGGGUAUCUUUACUCCUUAAAGGUCACGCUCUCUGCCACGGUGGAUGGCAGGGUCUCCGAAGAUAGCUACACGCAGCCGGUCGGCAUCCGGACCAUCCGCGUCGUCGACACCCAGUUCCUCAUCAACGGGAAGCCCUUCUACUUCCAUGGCGUCAACAAACACGAAGACAGUGACAUCCGCGGCAAAGGUCUGGACUGGCCCCUGGUCCUGAAGGAUUUCAACCUCCUGCGCUGGCUGGGCGCCAACUCCUUCCGCACCAGCCAUUACCCCUACGCCGAGGAGAUCAUGGAGCUGUGCGACGCCUACGGCAUCGUGGUCAUUGAUGAGUGCCCGGCCGUGGGCAUGAAAGACAGCAAGAAUUUCGGGAACAAAUCUCUCCAGCACCACCUCGUCGUAAUGGAGGAGCUGAUCCGUCGCGACAAAAACCGGCCCUCGGUGGUGAUGUGGUCGGUCGCCAACGAGCCGGCCUCGGAUCUGCGCCCAGCCGGUUACUACUGCAGGACGGUGAUUGGCCACACCAAAUCCGUGGACCCCACCCGGCCCGUCACCUAUGUCUCUAAUGCGAAUUACGCACGAGAUCAAGGGGCACCUUAUGUGGACGUCAUCUGCGUGAACAGCUACUUCUCCUGGUACCACGACCCGGGACACCUAGAAGUGAUCCGGCUGCAGCUCAGCACGCGCUUGGACAACUGGUACGACACUCACCGGAAACCCAUCAUCCAAAGUGAAUACGGAGCGGACACCAUCGCUGGCUUCCAUGCUGAUCCGCCUCUCAUGUUCUCCGAGGAGUACCAGUCGGCUCUGCUGAAGGAAUAUCACGCCGUCUUAGACCAAAAGAGGAAGAAAUACGUGAUUGGAGAACUCAUCUGGAAUUUUGCUGAUUUUAUGACUGAACAAGGGACGACACGUGUUUUGGGUAACAAGAAAGGGAUUUUCACCCGUCAACGACAACCCAAGGCGUCCGCCUUCGUCCUGAAGGAGAGAUACUGGAAGCUGGCCAAUGAAUCCAGUUGCCUCACGCCCGCCAAGUACGAUGACGUCUGUUUGCCCUGAGCUAAGAUCUCCAAGCGUACUUCAUCAGCUUAAAACCGCUGCAGAAGACGUCCAGGUUCAAGAGGUGCACUCCAAACACCGAGCCAUUUUCUUGGAUAAGUUGAGCGAGAAUAAAAUGAGAUGCUGCCUUGAAAUCAAGACCAGCAAAGACAUCAGCGGGGGCUGUGGCAACUGGGCCACGAGCGACUCUUUGGCGUCCCUCAGAUCCAAAGGAACAUACAUUCCAUGGUUUAAAGCUGCAUUUUGAAGAAAGGUUUUGCAUAUUGCGAAUUUAUAUAUGCAUUUAUAUCUGGCCAAAGGGUGUGAGUUCGCCUUAACAUGAACAUCUCAAUCAUUUUAAUUUGAUCCAGCUGGGCUUGUCUGUUCUUAUCAUUAAAAAAAGACAUAAAUAUAUUGAAUAACGGGAAAGAACUCCAGUCUCUGUCUUUAUUGCAUCGAAAUCUGGCCACUUCGAUGUACACACGGCGGUCCUCCUCCUGAAUUCCGCAUGUAAAACCUGGUACUUUUUGUAUUAAUGUUCAAAACGUUAAGCGUGAAUUAAGAUUAGAGCUCUGAGCAUACUAAAAGUUCAGAGGCGGGGAGCAUGGGGGGGGUGUUCAGAAGAGAAGCCAAACAGUGCAGUAGGUGACAAAAGACUCUGCACAGCCAUCCACAGGUAAUUUCUACAUUUAUUUUUAUACCAAAAAAGUUAUGUGCAACAAAUAAACAUUCUUACAUUA